AUUUCUUUUUUCUUAUAAUAAAAAAAUUUAAUUCUCUUUUUUUAGUCAAACAUAGCGCAUCACUUGGGGUUUAAAUUCUACAAUCGAUUCGUAUCGUUCAACUACACACAUUCAUAAUUUGCAAAAAUGGCACAACAAAUUAACAACGAGGGUUCAUGGUGGUGGGAAGUGAUGAGCGGCAACAAAGACCAACUUACUCAGCUAGCAGUUGCCACCAUUUCAGCAACGAUCUUGGCUAUUUUAUGGCACAUAUUGAAAUCUUUGAGCUCCUCACAUGGUGCACCACCGUUGCCACCAGGUCCCCGUUCCUUGCCGAUUGUAGGUAACCUUCCAAUUCUUGGCGUUGACAUGCACAAACAGUUCAGUAACUUGGCUCAUAUCUACGGGCCCAUUUUCAAGUUUCACUUGGGAAGCAAACUUCAUGUCGUUAUAAACAGCCCUGAAAUAGCAAAAGUGGUAGUCCGUGAGCAAGAUGAUAUCUUUGCUAACCGCAAUCCAUCAAUCGCUGCCUUUACAAUGUCUUUUGGAGCCCGAGAUGUUAUAUGGUCUGACAACAAUUCAGAUUGGCGUAACCUUCGUAAGCUAUUUGUCCAUGAGGUCCUAAGCAACAAGAAUCUUGAAGCAUGCAGGUAUUUUCGAAGGGAUGAGGUUCGGAAAACUAUCAAAAAUAUUUAUAGUAAAAUUGGAACCAAAGUCGACAUUAGCGGGAUUGCUUUCUUGACAGAGGUUAACGUCCUAACGAGCAUGGUUUGGGAAAACACUUCAGAUCCAAAUGCAAAAGGGAGCCAUUUUGUAGCAGAGUUAAAGAAGAUUGUAUCAAAUGUUGUUAAGCUCAUGGAACAGCCGAAUAUCUCUGAUAUAUUCCCAAGUGUUGCAUGGCUUGAUCUACAAGGUGUAUUGCGGAAGACCAAGAGGCUACUUCAUCAGGUGGAUCAAAUUUUCACAAGCAUUAUUGAUGAUCGAAUCAAAUUGAACUCGAGAAAACCGAAGGAUGCAGUUGGGCAUGAAGGAAAGAAAGAUUUUUUACAGAUCUUAUUAGAGCUCAUGGACCACAACGAUGCAACAUCGAUUAGCAUCACACAAAUAAAGGCACUUCUCCUGGAUAUUAUGGUUGCAGGAACUGAAACCACAACAACACUGAUAGAAUGGGCAAUGGCAGAGAUCAUGCAAAAUCAUGACAUAAUGAAAAGGAUUCAAAAAGAAUUAGCAGAUGUUGUGGGACUUGACAACAUUGUCGAAGAAUCUCAUCUCCCCAAAUUACAAUACCUAGAUGCAACUAUAAAGGAAACAUUCCGGUUGCACCCAGUAGUCCCUCUCAUACUCCCACGAUCACCAAGCCAGGAUUGCAUAGUAGCUGGAUACACCAUUCCAAAAGGUUGUACCGUGUUGCUAAAUAUUUGGGCAAUCCAUCGUGAUCCUCAGUACUGGGACAACCCACUGGAAUUUAAUCCUGAGAGAUUCUUGACAAACAAAUACGAUUACAAAGGGAGUAAUUUAAACUUCUUCCCAUUUGGAUCGGGGAGAAGAUUGUGUCCAGGCGUUCAAUUGGCUGAGAAAAUGCAAAUGUAUAUCUUGGCGUCACUCUUACACUCUUUUGAUUGGAGCUUGCCGGAGGGUGAAGAACAUGACCUCUCUGAAAAAUUUGGAAUUACACUAAAGAAAAAAGAGCCGCUCAGUGCUGUCCCAUCACAAAGGUUGUCAAACCUGAACCUCUAUAUUUGAUGUAUUUGGUCAAAAGUUGGAAGUCCUCCGUUGGAUGGUUUGAGGGCGGUGGUUCGUGGUUGAAUAAGAAAAUAGUGUAUUUAUAAGUAAUCUGUUUUCAGUUUCCAAAAAAUAAUAUAAAUUAUAAGUUUUGUUUUAUCCUCA